GAAAACAACAAGCCAUCCCAUUGUUCUUUUCUAAUAUAUACCAAUGUCCACAAAUCCUCGCCAUGUCCAAGGUAUUCUGCAAUAAUGGGGAUGUUCAUGAGCUUCUUGGGGAAAGGAGGGCCGACGCCGUCGACGCAGAUGGUUGGAUUUCUGAUGGGAACGCUUUAUAAGCAAUUCGUAGAUAAGGAUAUCACAAACUUUGAGGAAUUCCACAUUGCUGUUCUCGACAUUUUUAACACUUUCAAUUCGGCAUUGCCUGGCAAGCAUUUGGACGUUCCGUCGCUAAUCAAAGUAGAGGAAUGCUUUAAAGAGUGGAAAGAAGCAACCAAGGAGACAAAGAGAAAGAAGGUCUUUGUAAAUUUCAUGACAAAGAACGUCAAUCUCAAUAAGCUCGAUGACUACACAGUCCUCAGCGGAGUACUAACGCCACCUGUGGCUAUGGCGGCCAAGAGGGCCGGAGAGAAUGUGCCACAGCUGAAGGUUAUAAAGGCCAUCCCCGAUGUUGUUUUCGUGCCAUCGGCCACUGUUUUAGCCCUCAUCUCCGUUAAGCUGUCUCGAAGAAUUUUACUCAAGAAUAUAGCCUCCCCAGAGUCGCAAAAUUAAGGACUUCGAAUGCAUGUGUGACUAAAUAAACAAGACAAGUUAUUGAUUGGAAUUUUUUCUCAUGUCA